AUGAAAAUCCUUCCCACCAUUUGCGUUUUUACUGGUAUUGUUCUUGUCAUUGGAGCUCCCGUGCUCAUAAGGGACGGCGAAUUACAAGUUCGGUCAAGUGCAUCUCUCAGUAGGAGGUUGAGCCAUGCCAUCGACGAAGGUCGCAUCAUGGGAACCCGUGAUUCUAUAGUACCGGCAUUCUUCCCUGUGGAACGGUCAACAGAGGUCUCGGCGUACAUAAAUCCUGACCCUAUUGUAGAUGUGGUCGUCGAACCUAUAGUAGAAGUCAAAGUACCAGUCCCUCAGCCUUACCCUGUUGAGGUCGUCAAACAUAUAGAUAGACCAGUACCAGUCCCCCAACCUUACCCGGUUGUUGGCAGUUCGGUUCAUAUUGGCACUUCUAACCCUCGUUCCCUUCCUAUGCCCCUUGCCAAUAUUCGCAGGGCAUGA